AUGCGCUCAUUCUUCAAUAAGCCAGAAUGGGCAACAAAAGCAAGUGAUCCAUCAAAUACUGGUUUCUACCGUCGCUCUGGACAGACAUUCUCCGAUAUUGUCGCUGCCAACCGCGAGGCACGUCGGAAGCAGAAGCUUGCGGUCCAUUCGUCUGAAAGUGCAUCCCCCAGCCCUUCAGAUGAAUUUCGAGAAGCAAAGCGACCGCGGGGAUCAGACGAACAUGAGGACAAAUCAGAGUCCAAGAACAAGAAGCCAGAGGUGACAGUGGCCGUGGCAGACGAAGCCGACGCCGAAACCGAGGUCGAACCCGAACUUGCGCACACGGCGCAAGAAAGCGAGCCUGAAGCAAAGACGAGAGAACGCACUCCCUCAUUUGCACAUCCGGACCUCGAUAGCCAUGUCGGCAGUUUCCAGACCAGUGAUGGGAUCUCUCGGCCUGCAAGCCCUCAGCGUCCCAUUUACAUUGACGAUUCCGCAGACGAACAGUUGACUCCACCCAUGUCCCAUCAUACCACAGACAUCAAAACAACAAGUGUUGAUAGCCCUAGAGCGCAAGGACAGAAGGAUCAUAAGUCGAGCGAUUCCUCCACGCUCUCCACAAUGACGACUACCAACACCACUCCACUACCCCUACCGACGCCCCCUCCAGUCGACGAUCCACGUGUGCAUAUCCUUAUCACAUCAGAAAUCCCAAAUACAAACCCCCUGAUCAUCCAGCGCAAGAUGUCGCAGGCGCUGAAAGAUGCCCGACUAGCCUGGUGUGAACGACAAGGGUUCACCAACCAAGAAAAGUCAACAGUCUAUCUGACUUGGCAAGGUCGCCGAGUGUUUGACGUGACAACCUGUCGCAGUCUUAAUAUCAAACAAGAGAAAAUGUCUCUUUUGGACAUAGAUGACGAAUUUGAUGACGAGGAACCUCCGUCUGAGCUCCAGAUUCAUAUGGUGGCGGUCACCCAGAAUCCAACGCUGUUGAACCGUCGCGGUCCUUCUCCCGAUGCUGGCGCUGGCGCUGGCGCUGGUGCACGUGGACAAGAUGCAUCGCCAAAUACCCAAAAUGAUGCAGAGGAUGCGCCCAUGAAGCUCUUACUAAGAAGUCCCGGUCUGACUGACUUCAAAAUCAAGGCGAGACCCUCGACCACAGUGGCCAAGAUUGUAGCGGCAUUUCGAGAAAAGCAGAACAUAUCUAGAGAUAAGAGCGUGGAUCUCAUAUUUGACGGUGAUCGGCUUGAGUCUGACUCCUGUCUCGGUGACCAUGAUGUAUCUGACUUGGACAUGCUCGAGGUCUUGAUUAAAUAA